AUGUGUGGUGAAAAGAAGAGUCCCCGCUUCUCUUUUGAGCAAUACCUUCCUUCCUUCAGUCAGGACCAGGAACUGGAUGAUAGAGUGUUCCUCAAGAUUGUGGACAAUUUCUGUUCCUCCCCCUCUUCUCUGAUCCCCAGCUAUGAGGAGGAGGAUGCUCCUGUAAAAACAGCCAGUACUAUUCAGGUUCUUCACAAAUAUGAAGACCAUUUCCCAGAGAUCCUCCUGAGAGCGUCUAAAGUCAUAGAGUUGAUAUUUGGCCUUGAAGUGAAGGAAGUUGACCCCAUAGGCCAUGGCUAUACCCUGCACAUUGAACUGGGGCUCACUUAUUAUGGGGUUCUGAGUGAAACAAAGGGUGUGCCCAAGACUGGCCUCCUGAUUGUUAUGUUAGGUGUGAUCUUCCUGAAUGACAACCGUGCCACUGAGGAGGAAAUCUGGCAUGUUCUGAAUGCAUUGGAAAUACAUCCUGGGGAGCUGCACCCAUUCUUUGGAGAUCCCAGGAAGCUCAUCACCCAAGAGUUUGUGCAGGAAAGGUACCUGGGGUACCGCCUGUGGCCUAACAGCAAUCCUGCAUGUUAUGAAUUUGUGUGGGGUACAAGUGCCCAUGCUGAAAUCACCAAGAUGAAGGUCCUGGAGUUUUUGUCCAGAGUCCAUGGGUUGAGCGGCAUUUUUUCCCAUCUCCAUAUGAGGAAGCCUUCAAAGAUGAAGGAGAAAAAGCCCAAGCCAGAGCUGCAGCCAGUCCUGCCACUACCUACAUGA